AUGAUGUUGUUGUUGCAACAAUCAAGCUUCUGUGUUACUCCUUCCUCCCAAUUUCCCUCGUUUUUCAGCCAAAGGAACCAACUUCGUCUUCAGCAAGAAUUGGGUUCCUUUCAUUUUCCUAGAAAGGCUAAAGCUUCUACCUUUAUAGUUUCUUCUUCUCUUGGUGCUGGUUUUUUCAAUGAUAUCGCUCAAAUUGCGCAGAAUAAGGUUCUGGUCGCAGCUGGUGUUUCAAUGGCAAUUGGGCAAUUUUCUAAGCCGUUUACUUCUUUGUUUCUGUACGGUAAAGAGUUUGAUAUCAAGGCUCUUAUUCAAGCUGGAGGCUUCCCUUCAUCACACUCUUCUGCAACUGUGGCUUGUGCAACACUCCUUGGCCUUGAGAGAGGCCUCUCAGAUCCCAUUUUUGGUCUUGCACUUGUCUAUGCUGGUCUGGUUAUGUAUGAUGCUCAGGGUGUAAGAAGAGAAGUAGGGAUUCAUGCUAGGACAAUGAACAAACUACUUCUCCAUAUGCAUUCCAAACAUAAAGAUGCUUUGAUCAACUCUGAAUUUGGUUCAUCCAACCCACCAAAACUAGAAGAAACUCAUGAAAAGACCCUUUUGUUGUCCCAAGAAAGCACUUCUUUGGAAGCACAACAAGCCAAUGCACGUGUAUUAGUUAAACCAGGAGGAAAAAUAAGGCAAAGUGAUGAGGAGUUACUAUCAUCCUCUGGCUUCUCAGAAGAAAUCUCAAAUUUGGUUGGUGAUGGUUUACUGCCAUUUAAAGAAUCUGUUGGUCAUACUGAUGUUGAAGUCAUAGCUGGUGGUUUACUUGGGUUUUUUGUGGGUUUGGCUGUGUUUAAUUUAAAGUCUUGA